GCACGACAUCAAACUCAAAAUCAGCGACUUCACUUUCUGAAAUGACUGCAUGAACAAUGGUUUGGCACCCAGUGUAACCAUAGCCGAUUUGCAAUCUACCUUCGAGAAACUAUAUGCCGACCUUAAACAGACCCAAGCUGAACUCAAACGAGCUCACGAGGAAAUCCAAGCAUUGCGUAACCAACAAGCUUCUGCUAAUUCCAAGUCCUUUACUGACUUAAAUGAUCCUCAAUUCCCACCUCUGCACCCCUCCUCCCAACCACUCCCUCCUUGGCGAGACGCAGCCCGGCUCAAUAGUAUCAAAGCCUCCAUGCUCGAAAAGCGUCAACAACGUCGAGUACAACGUGAGGAAACUGCUGCUCGAUUUUUACAACCACCUUCUGAGAACCAAGGUUUUCAGUAUGUCUAUAUACCGACUAAAGCCCGUGUGCCCGUCGGGCAAUUGAGAGGCCGUCUUCAUCAACUGGACAUUAGCAAUAGCCGCAUUCUUGACAUUCAUUACCCUACUCGCAAUGUUGUGGCUCUCCUUGUCCACAACGAUUAUGCGUCUGAACUGAAAUCCCACAUCCAAAAAUUUAAGGUACGCACCAAGGACGAUUUCAACCCCUGCGACGGUUCAAUCCUCAUGGACCACAAAUAUGAACACUGCUCUAAAGAAGAACGCGAUGGCUCUGCCCUUAUGCGCCAUAGUGAUCGCGUGAAGAAAGCCCUUACCUAUAUCCGCACCCCAGUCAAGGCAGCUGUAGCCCGUUAUUUCUACAAUCAAGCUGAAUCCUCUUCUGUUCUUUUAAUCACCGAAUCAUGGCUCCUCUCACCUAACAAGUAUCCUACAUCCUGGCAGCAAUUUCAUAUUUAUGGUCAACCUAUUCAAUCAAUCAAGAAUCGAGGUAGUCUUGUCAAUCAAAACAAGACCAAAGCCCUUGCUACUAUGAACCAACUCUCAGUUAUUGGUGCUAACCCUAAAGGCUUUUCUCCUUUCCUUGGUACUGCUUCUACAGCCACAUUGUUCGUGCUCAACUGGAAUACGGCCUGGCCAUUACCAGGAUCACAACAUUCCUUAGCAAACAACUGGAAGAUGCCCAAAACGUCUGUUUGCGUCGGAUUUUCGGCGGCUCUAACACAUCGUCCAUCACAGUAA